CAGCGUCCCCCGGGGCAUGGACCCCGCGCUCUACCCGCGCUAGGCUACUCGCAGCGCCCUGCACGCGACCGCCUCUAGCCCGCGACCUACCCAGCCGGACAAAAGGAGCGGCAUCCCUGCGCUGCCCAGCCCAGCCCCGGGAGGCAGCCGGGCUCCGGGCUGGUCCCCAUCUCAUUCUCCGCUCCAAACUUUGCGUUAGUUGAGAGACUGCAAAAGGCUGAUGAGGCACCAGAGAGGAAGUCCUCUGCCUGCUGUUGAGGAGUAAGCACAGUGCUUAGGAGCUUAGGGCAAAGAGCAAAGCAACGAGCAAACAAGGGGGAAAAUGAUUGCCUGGGAAGUGGUCCACACAGUAUUCCUUGUGGCUCUUCUUCGUUCCUCCCUAGCUGGAGAUGGGACCCCCGAGUUGGAGAGCAGGGAUGAGGAGAUUCCGGAGGGGGCAUCCACGUUGGCUUUUGUGUUUGAUGUGACUGGCUCCAUGUAUGAUGAUUUAGUUCAGGUUAUUGAAGGGGCUUCCAAAAUUUUGGAGACGUCUUUGAAAAGACCUAAGAGACCUCUUUACAACUUUGCUUUGGUGCCCUUCCACGAUCCAGAAAUUGGUCCAGUGACAAUUACCACAGAUCCCAAAAAGUUUCAAUAUGAACUCAGAGAACUCUAUGUUCAGGUGAGUGAAAUGGAAAACCGUGUAUCUUUGGCUGACUUUCCUCACUUUUAA